AAAUAUUUACCAGCAUUUGAAGCACUUUAUGUUGCAGCUGGAAAAAAGGUGCAAUUGGCACCACAAUGUCUCUUUAUAGAAAAUUUAGAUGAACGCAUUAAUCUAGUAUUUGAAGAUCUGAAACCAAGAGGUUAUCAGAAUGUAGAUCGAUUGAAAGGUUUCGAUAUGGCACACAUGAAACGUGUAUUAGAAAGAUUAGCUGAAUUACAUGCAGUUUCCGCGGUGUAUGCGCAGAAGCAUGGACCAUAUCCAACAGAUUUCCAGUACAGUUUUUUUAAUGCCGAUAAAAUAAAUGAAGAUAUGAAGUUUAUGUACACAAAUAAAGUUACAACUUAUAAAGCAGCAAUGGCAAAAUGGGGUUUAGAAAAUGCUCAAAAUUAUAUUGAUAAAAUACCCACCUUUGAGCAAUUUACUAAAAGUGGCAUGGCUACUUUGGACAUCGAUGUUAAUGGCUUUAAUGUACUUACACAUGGUGAUUUUUGGUCUAGUAAUAUUAUGUUAAAUUAUUUACCAGAUGGCGCAAUUGAUCGAUUACUUUUUGUGGACUAUCAAAUUUGUAAAUGGGGUUGUCCAACCGAAGAUUUGGUCUUCUUUAUUAGCAUAUCAGCUGCUAAAGACAUUCGCUUAACUGAAUACGAUCAUUUCAUUGAAAUCUAUUAUGAGUUUUUAAUAGAAAAUUUAAAACUUCUGAAGUAUAAUGGCACGCCACCAAAAUUAAGAGAUUUACAAAUGGGAACUUACAAGGCACACUCUACAUUUUAUGCUUUCAUGGCUGUCUACAAUCAUCUGGUUGCCGUACUAUUACCGACCGAUAAGGACAGUAAUAUACACUCACUGAUGCGAACAGAUGAAUUUGGAGAACAAUUUCGAAUGCGAACUUUUACGAAUCCCUUAUAUGUCGAAGCUAUGAAGGAUCUCUUUCCUUUCUAUCAUAGACGUGGAGUACUCAAUUUUGAAGAUUUUGAUUGAUAAAAAAGAUUUUAUUUUUUAGUAGA